AUAAAUUCUUUUAGAAUCUUUCUUAAAAUAUUUUGAUUACUAUUUUAUGUGUACAAUGAAAGUGAAAUGGAUGCAUAUUAAAAUGCACCAAAAUAUUGCUCAAUUCAUGAACCGUUCCUUCUGUCAAGAAAGCAAAUUAAAAUAGAUUAGUAAAUGUCUUCCUCAGUCGCCCCACCUUGCAGACAGCCCCACAAGCAGUGCCAAAUUUGUUGAAAAUCAGCUGAACGUGACACUUUCGAUCCUCUUUCCAUACAAUAUACCUAAACUUUUUUAUCCAAAAAGAGAUACUAGGAAGGAAGAGAGGAGCCAUCAGCCAGCUAUUGAACAACUAAGAAAGAUCCUUCUGUUACCUUUUGUCUUAAAAACUUCUAAUAUAUAACGUUGAAUUGUGGACAUCCAAGCUCAUCAAACUCUGUGAUAAGGAUGGGAUUUUCCAGAGGAAUAAUGGAAUUGCCCCUUUUGAGCUUCAUCUUUUUGUGCAUAUUAUUUGCAGUCCCUUCUUGUGCUAGAUAUUACACACCUCCGAGUGUUCCACGUUUGACGGAUCUCGUUCCUCAUGUCUCAAUCGAUCAAUGCUUUGCUAAGAUUUUUGGGGCCUCAAAUAUCCAGCUGAGGAAUAAUGGGUCCUCUGUCGAUCUCACUCUUGACAAAGUUUCUGGUAAAUUUUAUCUUUUGAUCUUGGCAUUUAUUUUUGGUCCAACUCUAUUUUCAUUCAUAACUUUUUCUCUGCUCGUUUUUGGAGGUGCUGGUCUGGUCUCGAGAAACAAGUAUCAUUAUGGAUUCUUCAGUGCUUCAAUUAAGCUUCCAGCGGGUCUCACUUCAGGGGUUGUAGUGGCCUUUUAUUUGUCUAAUGCAGAUGUUUAUCCCCAUUCUCAUGACGAGAUUGACAUAGAGCUGCUAGGACAUGACAAGAGAAAAGAUUGGGUCAUUCAAACAAAUAUCUAUGCCAAUGGAAGCGUUAAGACUGGAAGAGAAGAGAAAUUCUACCUCUGGUUUGAUCCCAGCGUGAAAUACCAUGAUUACACCAUCAUUUGGAACAACUAUCACACAGUGUUUCUGGUGGAUAACAUUCCAGUCAGAGAGCUACGAAAUUCUGAAGCUUUUUAUCCAUCAAAACCCAUGUCAGUUUUCGUCACGAUAUGGGAUGGUUCAGAAUGGGCAACUCAUGGAGGAAAAUACCCAGUUGACUACAAGCAUGCACCAUAUGUAGCUUCUUUUGAAGAAAUGGAGAUUAAUGGAAGUAUAUCAACACCAACGGCCACUGUUCCUUCAGGUUCCAAAACCAAUGUCUCAAGCCCAGAUACCGUGGAGGGUCCAGAAUUUAUCAAGCUAUCACAGCAGCAAAUAGAUGCAAUGGAUUGGGCAAGGAGGAAGCUCAUGUUCUACUCCUAUUGUAAAGAUACAUCUAGAUACAGAGUUCUACCACCGGAGUGCAAAUAGAUGUACUUUUCCUAAUUUUUUACUUAUUGCUAAGAUUCUUUCAUCGUGAAUUCUAAGUUAGGAAGAAAAUGGGUAUCGUAGUCUGGUACAGCAGACGUUAGGGAACCUCCAAAGUAAGACACGGGAUGGAAAGAGAAGGAAGAUGUUUGUCUUUGUGCUUCUCUCUUGUUUUUUGUAUUUUUCUUUUGUUUGAAAAAAAAAUCUUUUUUCCUUUC